GAAAAGGAAAACAUUAAAAAGUGAUUAAAUUUUCGUUUUGUGUGUCGACGAUAUUUUGUUAGAAUACUAGCAAUUGGUUAUUUAAUUUAACCAAAAAUGGCAAGACGAAAUCAAUCGACUUACAGUGCGCCAUUAUUGGGUAUAAUUUGCAUAUCGUUUGGCGUUUUGUUGGUCAAGGCUGACGUACCAGCACAAAGUAAUAUCACCAAACUAAGCCCGACUGGAAACAAUAAUGUUGCCUCAACAAAUAAUCUGUUGAGCAGUACUGCAGCAACACAUUUAGUAAAUCCAUUUGCACCAGCAACAAACUCAACACCUAAGUGUGUUUGCGAUGGAGCUUUAGUGCCAAGACUCAGCGAGAACGGAAAAGUUUUAGAAAUAUGCCCAGAAUGUAAAUGUCAGCAUGAAGCUCGCAAUACAACACUUAUUAAGGUCGUUGUCAUUAUUGUGAUUUGGAUUAUAUCAAUAUUGGUGAUAUAUAUGCUAUUCCUCAUAUGUUUGGAUCCCUUGCUGAACAAACGUGUUAAGGCGAAUUAUCAGGAACACACAAACGAAGAUGACGACGCAAGCGCCACUUCCCCACCAUUGCCAACUGGCAUGGGAAACCAAGAAUUGAAUUCGCGCGCCAAUGUAUUGAAUCGUGUUGGUCAUCAGACGGACAAAUGGAAGAGACAAGUACGCGAACAGCGUCGUCACAUUUAUGACCGACGUACAAUGUUGAAUUAAAUUUUUUACAUAUGUGGAGAAUCCGCGUAUAUUUUCUUUAAUAUUUUUGAAUUUAAUAUUUUAAUCAAGACAUUAAAACUGUAAUGUAUAUAUACAUAUUUACAUAUGUCACCACUAUCAUUAGCUAUUCAACCAUUCGCGCAGUGGCGACGAUCUCAUACCGGAAAGUACUUGCUUAGAAAAUCUUUUUUUGUUUGUGUAAGUAAACUUUAUAUAAACCGAUGUAUUCCAACUAAUCGUUUCAAAAUUACGCAUAUGCCUGCAUACUUACGAAUAUACAAAUAUACACAUACAUUUGGAAAAAUAAAGGCUUUUGGCGAUAAUGUUAGUAGA